AUGGUUAACGGAUCGAGUUUGGGCUUGGGGGAAAUGCUGAAGCAGCUGGCAUCUGAUGUGCGAGACCAUUUUUGCAUCUACGAUGGUGCAGAUGCGGUGCCUUUGAGUGAAGAAGUGGAGCGACUGGGGAAGACUGGGACCACAGAUGCGGUCGAGUUCCACAGAAGCGACACCGCUCAUGUGCAUGAGGAGCCGCAGAUGCGGAGAUUGAGGGGCCAAGAGGGAGUCGCAGAAGCGGUAUCUAUGCCGCAGAAGCGACUCAUGUUCCGCAUAUGCGAAAUGCUAGAAGGUAAGGUAGCAUUUAUAACUGGUGGAGCUAGUGGCAUAGGAGCAGCCACAGCUAGGCUAUUUGUUCAACAUGGUGCAAAAUACAAGAGAUUGGCACAGAGAAGGCAUUCUUUGUCCAUUCCAACUCGCAACUUCGACGUAAACGUUGUUGGCGCGUUCUUUUGCGUGAAACACGCUGCUAGAGUGAUGAUUCCAGCUAAUAUCAGAGGUGCCAUUGUUUUCACAGCAAGUGCUGCGACAGUGUGUUAUGGUACUGACGUCCCGCACACCUAUUCGGCCUCGAAAAAUGCACUUCUAGGAUUCGCAAAGAAUGUUGGAGUCGAAUUAGGGGAGUAUGGGAUAAAAGUUAACUGUGUUUCUCCGUAUUUCAUUAGCACACCACUUGUACUAAACAGAACCGGAAUAGACAAACAAAUGGCUGACAAAUUGUUUGCAGAAGCAGGAAAUUUGAAAGGAGCAUUAUUAAAUGAAGAGGAGGUAGCAAAAGCAGUGCUAUAUUUGGUAAGUGAUGAUUCCAAAUAUGUGAGUGGUAUGAAUCUCGUUCUUGAUGGUGGUUUUAGCACUACAAAUGUGGCUUUAACAACGACCUAUAACAAACUGUUUCCACCAACUAUAAACAACGCAGUGUAA